AUGGACGUCUUCGACGCCAGCGCCGCCGUUGCGCACCGCGAGCGCGCCGCGCACGAGGCCGGCGACGACCCAGACGACUGGCUCGAGCGCGAAGUGGCGCUGCGGCUGUUGGACAGGGUGGAGGACUGCAAGCGGACGUUUGCGCGCGCGGCGGUGAUCGGGGGACCGCACCGGACGACGAUCGAGGCGCUCGCGAGGAGCCGCGCGGAGGUCCAGACGAUCGUGGUGGUCGACCCGUCCACGGCGGCCCUGGAGCGCACGCAGCGGUGGCUCGACGCGCGCCGCGCGGACCCGGGGAGCAGGCCGCUGCCAGCGGUGACGCUCGUGGGCGGGCCGCGCGCGUCGCCGGACACGCCGGACUGGCGGCCGCUGCCGGACGGCAGCGUGGAUAUCGUCGUGUCGGCGCUGGGCCUGCAGUGGGUGAACAAGCUGCCGGAAGCCAUGGCGGGAUGUCGGCGCGCGCUGGUGCCCGACGGGCUCUUCCUCGCCGUGAUGGCCGGAGGCAACACGCUGCAGGAGCUCAGGAUCGCGCUGUCGACGGUCGACCUGGAGCGCAGGGGCGGGGUGUCCGCGCGGGUGUCUCCGACGGCGCGUAUUCGGGACGGCGGCAACCUGCUCGGGCGCGCGGGGCUGGUGCUGUCGACGUGCGACCUCGACGAGAUCCGGAUCGGGUACCCUGACGCGUUCGCGCUGGUGUCGCACCUGCGGCGGCUGGGGGCCUCCAACGCGGCGCCCGCGCACCCCGGACACCUGUCGGUGUCGGAGAUGGCUGCGGCGGCGGCCACGUACCGGGAGCUCUUUCCGGGCUCGCGGCCAGAGAGCAUCGAGGCCACGCUGCAGCUGAUGUACAUGACGGGAUGGUCGCCCGCGCCACACACCCCGCAAGCAGCCAGGCGCGGGUCCGGGACGGUGAGCUUCGAGGACAUCGAGCGCAUCGCGGCGGAGAUCGAGGACAAGGACAAGCCGAAGCCGGAGUGA